CUUGCAGUGCGUGCCUCUCGCUCUUUCUAUCUGCAGUAGGAGAAGUCAAUUCGUUUGAUAAUACUGUCACUCACUCGGGCAAUUCAGUCUGGCUUUAAAGCACAGCGCGAGAGGGGUCGUAACGAGGAAGUCUUUUGGACACAAAACUGCUAUUGUUUUCAUUUUUCUAUUUUUAAUUAAAAAAAAUGUAAGUUUUUUAUUAGUUUUUUUUUAUUGCUUAGCAUGGCUUUAAUAUUUUACAAAUCAAACAAAAUAUUGAGUUAGCUUAAAUAUUGAUUGUGAAAUUCAAGAAAAUAAAAUGAUUGAAACGGGACAAUUUUGGAGCUCUAUUUGAAAUCUAAGUAAUAUAUUAUCUAAAAGAAAAUAAAUUUAUCUGUCUCUUUGAAUAUAUUUAAACUUUAAGCGAUUAAGGCUGCUCAGGUUCAGUGAUUUAAAAAAUUGAUGGUUAUAUGUGGGCUAUUUUUUUCUUCCGAAACAAAAGGGAAUAAAAAAAUGAAAGAUUCCAACAUUAUUUAGAUUCAUAUUUAAUGUUGAUAUUAUAUUACUUAUUUCUUUACUAUAAUAAUAACUCUUUUUGAUUACAAUAUAGAUUAUCAUUUCCGUCCAAAAGUGAUUUCUAUAAUAAUUAGCAAAGCAAACAAAAGCCUUAGAUGCAUCUACUUGAUGCACAUCGGUAGGAAAAAGAUAAGAACGACGCCAGUUAAGUUAUGACUUGCGAGAAAGCGAGCACGUUUUAUUUUCUCCGCACGAGACGACUGAUAAGAACAAUAAGGGGCAAUAAGCAAACGAAGCACACUCAUCUCCGAGCAAAUUUAGAGUCGCGAUAAGAGAACCAAAAGCAGUGUGGGAAAAGUGUGUGGCCACACACGGGCUUGAUCCAUCACAGCUCGGUCUUCUAUCGUCAUGUCGACGGCAGGACCCUGAACUGCAAGCUAGCGGAGCGGGCUGUGGCGGACGGCAUGUGAUAGACUGAAUUGUUGUGUAUAUGAAUUUGGUGUUGUUGCUGGUGCUGUGGAACUGCCACAGCAGUCAAACGCAAAACCGAACCCCGAUCGGAACUAGUUAAAAAUUUGUGAAAAAGGCGCAACACCUGGGCCGCGACCCGCAGCUGCCUGGCAAUGUGUCCGAGUGGUUGCAAAACCUGCGGCGCAACACGGAUUCGUCUGAAGUUGAGGACGAGUUGAGACACAAAGUGGAAAGUGCCGCGGCGGCCUCCGGGAUCACGACAGGGGUUGCCGCCCCCAGGCUGAAGAGCCUUCCACCCUCCAAGCCAGAAAUCGUCAACCCCAAGCCGGAAAUUUCGCGCAAACCCAAGCUGAAGAAGAAGCCGUCGCUCAAAGAAGUCCAUCCUCCGUCGGCGAAAAUGGAUUGCAGCAGUGCGUCGGACAAGGAGCACGGCGGCUGGAAGGCCAACCCCCUGGUCCAAGGCAUCGAGCCGCCGCAGAUCCGCCGCCAGGACUCGAGUGACGCACCCACGUCCUUCAGGACGCUGUGCGACGAGGCGCGCCGCGCCUCGCUUGACCUGCUCAAAGAGAUGCCCUCCGACCUAAGCGCCGACCCUGAACCUGCCGCUGACGAUGAUGACGACGACGCUAAGGACGACGAGGAACCUGAAGAGCCAACAGUAGAUGAUGACCUUGACAAACUUACCGAACAGGCCCUUUCGCUUGUGGACGAGGCGCUGAUCGAACACGCCGUCAACAAAAGGUUGAACGUGCCAAGAAUGCGCAACAAUUCUGUUGGCUCGGACCUCUCGGAUGAGGUGUUUCUGUCGUGUAACAGCGACAUGAACUGCAUCUUUGACCACGACGGGGCUAACACCAACCCCGUGCCACCCCCUCGCCGGAAAAAGAAGUCUCCAGUGGAGGAAAAUCCUGCAGAGAAUAUGGGGCAGAUCGUGAAGCAAAUCCAGAUUUUGACCUCGAAAGCCAUGUCGGAAGGAGAGGAGCCAAAUUUCAAGAGGUCAGCCUCCCUGAAAAAGAAGCCCCCGGAGCCCAUGACGGCCCCACCGUGCGACUUUGUGAGCGAGUUGCUGCCCUUCAAGAGCAAGGAGCAACUGAUCAAAAAGCAAAACCGCGCUUCUGCUCCGCCACUCAGUACGGGGGCCAUGCCUAAAAAAUGUGCCCCGCCGUCUCCGAAAGAGCCCCCGCCGAGCAUAGAUGCCCCGAAGCAAAAACCACCCUCGCCCAAUACGCAACCUCCCACGCCGUUGGAACGAAAAUCAUCCCUGAAAAAAGAGAACAAGCCGGAAGUGCACAAGCCGGUCUACUCGCAGCAGUUCUCCGUUCAGUUUGUGGAGAGAAAGACCUACUACCCUGAGAUCACCAGAGACAGCGUUGUCCUGGUUCCCGCUGUAUCCCAGGAGAUGCGCGACCUGAUCGCAGACGAGACCAUGGCGGCCCAGGAUGAGGAGGACGAGCAAAGUGAGGAGCAAAUUUCGCUGGAGGAGAGUUUCCGCAGCAGAAAAGGGAGCAACGGGAGUGACAUUGUUGCGUGGAAACAGGACCUGCGGAGUCGCAGCAACGCCGACGAAGAGGAAGAGACUUUCUUCUUGGCCAGAUCCGCCUACCAUCCGGAGUGGCUCAGCUCGAGCGACAGCGAGGGUCGCGUCUACUUUUUCGCCGAAAACAGCAACGACUCCACCUGGAGCCUCCCGAAGACCCCCGCCGCCCCCAAGGGAUCGCCACCCCUGCCAGGGAGCGCGUCGCCACCAAAGACCUCCACUCCGCUGCCGAGGGUUGCGCCGCAGGGGGUGCCGCCGGUGUUCAAAAGACUGGAGCUGCAGUUACAACAGACCGCCGAUGAGUCGUCGCCGACCGACGAAAACGACACGCCGGGGCUGUACCGGCCUCGAAAGAACAUGGGCCCGUGUCUGCUGCCGCCACUGCCCAACUCCAGAACGGCCAAGUCGCAGUCCAUGCACGUACCUGACAUCAAGACACCGAUGACUGAUUGUUCAGUGGACACCUCAGGGCCGUGGGCUAGUCUUGAGAAUACAGGAGUGACAAUUUUGAAAGAAGGUCUCGUCUCAAGGACCAAAGUGAUGGAAAGCGGGAAGAAAGUGAAGAAAAACUGGGCCCAAGGUUGGGCACUGCUCACCGACGACUGCAUGUACUUUUUCAAGGACGAAAAGAGUUUUAAACUGAUGAGGAAUGAUUCAAUUGGUCAUCCAGAGCUGUGCAUCAGACUUCUGAACUCUACUUUCGGAGAGGCAGACAAAAGUAUGAGCAGCAAGAAGAAUGCAUUUAUCAUUGGAAACAGCACAACACAGCUUCUGUGCCAAGAGGACCAAAUCAGAGAACAGGACAGUUGGUUUAACAAAAUUAGCGUUGCCAAAAAGAGCUUGCCUGAAAAUCACCUCAAUACGGCGCCGAGAGUUCCUGUUAUUAGCAGAGAAGCCAGUCCAAACCCUCCGGCAACCCAGAAUCACCGAAUGGGCUCGGCCUCUCCUGAAAUCCACAAGAGCAACUCUCUGAAUCGGUCAAAAUCAGUGAAAAUGAAAAAAGAUGUUGCCGAGAGCAAUGAAGACUUGACUUCGCAAGAUAGCCAAAAGAAUAUCAGAGCUGGACUGAAAAAAUUCUUCAAAAGAAGACCCACCAUGGAAACGCUAGUCAAAAAGGGAAUUUGGAAAGAUGAACCUGCCUUUGGAUCAACACUUAAAAAGCUCUGUGAGGACCGAAGUCCUGGUCCCAACCCCAAAAUUCCAAAGUUUGUGUACGAGUGCAUCAAAGCCAUCGAAAAGAAACCCGAAAACCUGAAGACAGACGGAAUCUACAGGGCGUCUGGAAACUUAUCUCAGGUCCAAAAAAUCAGACUGCAGGUGGACCAAAAUAAUUUGGAAAUUUUAGAUCAAGAGGAAGAAGUCCAUGUACUCACUGGUGCCUUAAAAUUAUUCUUCAGAGAACUCAAAGAGCCCCUCAUUCCAUUUGACGCCUUUCAAAAGUCACUCUUUGCUAGCAGUGUCGGGGACAAAUUAGAGAGAUCAAGACUCUUUCGAGAAAUAAUCCAAAACCUGCCUAAAGAAAAUCACGAUACUCUGAAAUUUUUGCUGGAACAUUUGUUAAGGGUGGUCGCCAACCAAAUAUUCAACAGGAUGGACAUCGGAAACUUGUCCAUCGUUUUUGGGCCAACGCUGAUGUGGCCCGAGCAGGAGUCGCUCGACUGCAUGGCCGUUGACUUGAUGAGGCAAAACAACGUGAUUGUCUGCCUUUUGCAUGAGUUUGACUCCAUAUUCAAUUAGAGCUGUGAUCCUACCGUAAAAACUGUUGUCAUCAUUCGAGACAAAAGAGACUCUAGCCAAAAAUUUUAGAAAUGAAUUUAAAAAAAAAGUGCUGUGUGAGAGUGUGGAUGCCGAAUCAAUUUGUUGGGAUGCAUUAAAAAUGUUAAUCAUUCAUCAUAAACUUGGUUCUAGUUGUGUACAUAAUUAUAUAUUUGUAUAGUUUUAAGCAAUCGAUUUAUCAUGUUGCAAUUUUG